AUUGUUUUUGUUUUCUCAAAGAGGAGGAUUUCAAGUUCUACAUUUUUAUAUUAUAUUUCACACCCUAAGAAUGAUGGAAAUCCACCAAACACAGACCUACAAGGGAUUCAGAUGGCAAGUAACAUUUUUCUUUUUAUUCUCAUGGCUUUGUCAUUCAGCUUCUGGGCAGCUGCAUUAUUCUAUUGCUGAAGAACUGAAACAAGAUUCAGUUAUAGCAAAUAUUGUAAAUGAUCUGGGAUUAGAUGUUAAAGAGGUAAAAUCUCGAAGGCUGCGUAUUGUUUCCCGUGUUUCAGAGAAGUUUUUUUCUGUAAAUUUAGGGAAUGGUGACCUGUAUGUUAAAGACAGGAUAGACAGAGAGACAUUGUGUCGGGCAGCACCUACCUGCUUCCUAACCUUUGAUGCAGUUGUUGAAAAUCCUUUGAAUAUUUACAGUGUCAAAAUUGAUAUUAAGGAUAUAAAUGACAAUUCUCCAAUAUUUUUUCAUGACACCAUCACUUUAGAAAUUAAUGAACUAACACCACCUAGAACUCAUUUGGUAUUACAAAAUGCAGAAGAUCCAGAUAUUGGCAGUAAUGCUGUUCAGUCAUACAGACUCAGUGACAAUCAGUAUUUUACACUGAAUGAAAAUAUCAGCAUCGAUGGAAGCAAAAUCCUGGAACUUGUAUUAGAUAAACCUUUAGAUCGUGAAACUCUAAAUUUUCAUGAAUUAAUCUUAACAGCAACUGAUGGGGGGAACCCAAAAAGAACUGGAACUGCUUUACUUAGGAUUAUUGUUACUGAUUACAAUGAUAAUGUACCUGUGUUUACUCAACAAGUGUAUAAAAUCAGUAUAAGUGAAAGUGCACCAAUUAACUCUACAGUGACUGUUGUUACUGCAACUGACAAAGAUGAUGGUACAAAUGGGCACAUUACAUAUUCUUUUAGCAGAACAGCUGAAAAUGCCUUUCAUACACAAAUGUUUAACAUUAAUCCUGCUAAUGGAGAAAUUAAAACUAAAGGUCAUUUAAAUUUUGAAGUUACAAAACAUUACGAAAUGUCAGUACAAGCUAAAGAUGGAGGUGGCUUGUUGGCACAGUCCAAAGUUUUAAUUGAAAUUAAAGAUGAAAACGAUAAUGCACCUGAGAUAUCUAUUGCCUCAUUGUCUACCCCUAUUCCCGAGGACUCGGCUCCUGGCACUUUGAUAGCUCUGAUUGAGGUUCAUGAUCAAGACUCUGGAGAAAAUGGAGAAGCUGAAUGUCAUAUACUUGGUUCAUCACCCUUUCAGUUAGUUACAUCCACUAGCAGAUACUACAAACUUGUAACUACAAGUGCCUUGGACAGAGAGCUGGUACCAUGGUACAAUAUCACAAUUCUUGCUACAGACAGAGGAUCUCCUCAACUUUCUUGUAUAAAAUACAUCAAGCUGGAUAUAUCAGAUGUCAACGAUAAUCCCCCAGUGUUUGUAAAAUCUACUUUUGCUGCCUAUUUGCCUGAGAACAAUCUACCAGGAGCUUCAAUUUAUAGUGUUUAUGCAUCAGACCCUGAUGCUGGAGAUAAUUCUAAAAUAAUUUAUUCAAUUUCCAACAUAAAUACAGAGGAUUUUCCUGUGUCUCCAUAUUUUUCAAUUAAUAUAGAGACUGGAGUUCUUUAUGCUCAGCGAUCAUUUGAUUAUGAGCAGCACAAGGAGUUUCAAAUUAACAUAAUGGCUAAAGACAAUGGAUCUCCUCCUUUGAGUAGCAAUGCAACAUUGAUUAUCCACAUAAUAGAUCAGAAUGAUAAUGCACCAAAGAUCUUGUAUCCAUCAACAGAAAGUGGUGGUUCUCCUUUUUUUGAGAUGGUCCCUUUUGCCUCAGUACAAGGUUCUUUAAUAACAAAGGUUAUAGCAGUGGAUGCAGACUCCGGACAUAACUCUUGGCUUUCUUACCACUUCAUUCAAAUGUCAGAACCCUCCCCCUUCAGCAUUAGCCAGCAUACGGGUGAAAUCCGGACAUCACGCAUGUUUCAAGAGAAAGAUAUUUUGAAACAUAAGGUUGUCAUCAUGGUAAAAGACAAUGGGGAACCUUCUCUCUCAGCAACAGUUACAUUAAGCCUUGUUGUGGGUGAUCAUUUUCAGCACGUGGUUCCCCAAAUCAAUAAUGAAUUUAAUGAUGGAGAGCCUUCAUCAAAUAUGCAAAACAUAUACUUAGUAAUUGCUCUGGCUCUAAUUUCCUUGUUAUUUAUAAUAGCUGUCAUGUUGGUGAUUAUAUCAAAAUGUAAAGAGUCAAAACCACCACCAGAAUUUCCAACAUUAAACACAAAUCUGUAUUCCCAAUUUGACCCAAGGAUGCUUUCCAAUUACAACAAUGGGACUUUGGGUCUUCCCUAUGCCUACAAUGUUUGUGUUGCUCUGGAUUCCUCUGAAAGUGACUUCAGUUUGCUAAAGCCCAAUCAGAAUGUCCCUGUAGAGAAUCUUAUCGAUGCAGAUGAUUCGGGACUUGGAAAUGAAAGUUCAAAAGAAACUCUGUCACCAGUAGAGGUAAAACAGAUCACAUUCUGGACUUUCUUUGAUGGACUUCAGCUGUGA